AUGCGAAUGGAAACACUUGCUAUAUUGAUACUCAAUCUGUUCCAAUACAGCGCGUCAUCAAAUGCAGAGGGCCAGCAGAACACAAACCCAUCUUCAAGAUCAUAUUCGAAUGAAUCGUAUACAGGCUUAACAACAGAAAGAUCUGUUGAUUUCACAAUCUUUAGCGGAUAUUAUACAUCUCCUGAAGAACGAGCAGAAAACGCAAGACUUUUGUCUCAAGGAUUACAAAGAGAGAAUCGAGUUUAUUUCAGCAUUGAUAGUGCACGUGAAUUUGAGAAUAGAAAUAAUCCCCAAGCUAUAGAAGCUGCUGUCUAUAGUAGCACGAGGGGCGCAGAGGAUGAGCAUAUAUGUGAAUCUUUAGAAUCUUUAAAUAACAUGCAGUUUGACGAUAGUUCACAGUAUAGCGACACACCUCCAUUGACUCCGCCAAGAAAUGAAAGUUUGUCACAAAAUAGGUCUGAUGUUGGCAGUAUUGCCUUGAAAAACAGUAAAAUGCUAUCAACAGAAAAUAGCAUUGAAUAUAAGCCUGUUCCGGGAUCAAUACUAUUGGAAUAUAGAGAAAUAGAAAAAGAAAAAAUGAAACAAAUACACAUAAAAAUGUCUGAUGGACAUAAAUCCUAUAGUGUCGAUAUUUCUGACAUAGAGUGUUUAGUAGAAAUAGUCAGUAAAAUAAUUAUAUGCGAUAAAGCGAAGGAAACAGAUAAUUGUAAGAAAAAUGGAAAUAAAGAGAAAGAGGUUGCUAAAAACAAGCAGUACUUUCUCGUUCUUGAUGAUCUAGUCUAUUUUGACGAUUUAGAAGACAGAGUUAUAGAAAACGUGAAGAACAUAAAGAUAGCUGAGUCUGUGAACGUUUUUGUACCAAAUAUGUGCAAACAUUCUUUUGAAAAAUGCAACGUAGUUUCUCUUAUCGAGCCAUUUUUUAGCGUAUUGAGAAUAAUUGUUGGAGACUGCGGGUGUGGGAUUAAUAAUUUUGAAUGCAGUUUAAAUAACACACCAUUUGAGAUGAGAACUAUAAACAACAAAAGAAAAGAGAGAGGAGAAGGAAGGCCUAUAAAAAUAACAUAUAUAAGCUAUCCUGCUUCGGAUGCAUUUAAUUUAUUUCGAUACCUAUCCAAAAACAUAAAUACAUACAUUUACUAUCUCCAUGUAAAUCUAGAAGACGAAAUGCUUAUACAGCUUUUAAAUAAAAUGUAUCUGCCAGAAGAAAGACAAAAGCGAAAAACUAAUAGCACAACCAGCACUGCGCCUAUAGGAUACUUGCAGGUUACGAAUCUAGUAAUUCACAUAAAAAAGAAAGAGUUUGUUAAAAAUAAAGAUAAAAACACUCAUAAAGAAGAGGGUAAAAAUAAAGACAACACAAAAAAUAGCGAGCUCAAGAGUCUAGAAGACUGGAUUUGCAAAUAUAAAAAAAACAUGCAAACUGGAAAUAUAGAUAGGAUAAAAACGAUUAGCAUGGUGUUUAGAAAGUUUAGCUAUCUAGAAAAGGAACAUAUAGCUUUAUUCUUGAACAUGGCUGUACAGGAUUUUCUUACAGAAGUUAGGAUAGAGUAUGCCAUAAAAUUAGAAAAUGUUAAAGAUAAGUCAAUAGAAGCCAAGGCUGAUGAGAUUCUGCAGAUAGUAAAGAGUGCGGCAAAAAACUUGAUGAGUAAAGAUGAGCUUAUCAAGAAAGAAGAGCCUAAUAGUGACGAAAGUCCAGUAAACAACAUCGGAGUAUGUUUCAAGAUGUUUAAAUUUGACAAGGCCAGCGACAGGAAUAUGUGUGAUUUAAAACGCUUUUCUUUAGAUUUUAUCAUUAAAUCAAAAGAAGGAUCUUUUUCGAUUAAGAAAAGCAGAUGUACUGAAAAAUCAAAGCUUCCGUCAUAUAUAUGGAUUAAUAUAGAGAUAUAUCCAGACAAGAAUGCUUCUAGUGGUGCUAAAAUAGUCCAAGAAAGUCAGAGAAGUUUAGAACAUAGCUAUAGGCUGGCAGAGCAUUUUGCAAGAACCCAUCCUAUGAUUUACAGACCCUUCAACCAGCAACGCCUUGAUAACAAAUAG